CAUGUUCCAAAAUCCUACAUGUAUUCAUUUAAAAAUAGAUUUGUGUAGUCAUUCUUGAGAGUCGACAACUAGCAGGCUUGGAAUUAGUUAAGAGCCGAUAUAUAGCCAGCUUAGAAUUCCAGUUAAGAGCCGAUAUCUAGCAGGUUUAGAAUUCCAGUUCUACUGAUAAGUCCCAUUAUGCUAAGUAUGGUAUUUUUACCUUUCAUCAUAAACGUGAUAUACAAAAUUGUCAUGUUUAUAGUACCACUACCAACUAUGGCUUUAAGAAUUAAAAGGUGAGAAUUUUUAAAUAGUAACUUUGUCCUUCAUUAUCUGGUUGAGAAAUUUGAUAAGUAUAUACAUUAAUGAACUGAUUCAGAUGGAAAAUGGCAGUUCAUUAAUUAGCUUGUCAAUACUGAGAAAAAAGGCCAAGGACAGCUCAGUGACAACCCUGCAAUAACUCUUCUGUGCUACCAAUUACAAUGCCCGAGUCCAGAAAUAGAGUGUGGUCUCAACAAUAUUUGUACUUUCCAUUCUUGUUAAUAUCUGCAAGUUCAUGUUAGGUAAGUCAGUUAUAGUUACCAUAACUGGGUCUCCUUUGGUGAAUUUUCCAGUUCAUGGUUACCAUAACUAUCCCUUUGUGAGUUGUAAUGAUUUCUCGUUAUAAACGACGCAAUCCCCAUUAUUUUUUCACUGCCAUCGACGCAUAUCUCUCAAUCAAAGUGAUGGUAGGACGUUUAAUCUCGAACAACAAAAUGACCCCAUAUCAGAAUAUUAGAGGCAGCAGCACAAGCACUGGCAUCAGGAAGUCAACCUCAAGAUUCAGAGGGGUACUUCCACUUGCAAAUCAUAAAUGGGGCUCAAGGAUUUCCUUUGAUUACAGGGCAUACUGGCUCGGAACAUAUGAAAUAGAGGAGGAAGCUGCCAUUGCUUAUGAUCGAGCAGCCCUCAAGUUGCAGAAAGCCAACACCACCCUCAACUUACCCCACAAAAUCAACACACCUCAGGAGAAAUCAUUCCAGAGUUGGUACUCGGAGGAAGAGAUUCUGAAUAUGAUCAAGUACAAAACGUACUCAUCAAGUUUCACCAGUUUCCUUGCACAUCAAUCUCUGGCAAGGAGAACCAUACCAGGCAGCUUACUCAACGCUAGGGGGCUCUCAUAUGAACUGUUAUUUCACCAGGAGCUGAGACAAACAGAUGUGGCUAACCCCAGAGGGUUCCCAAUCCUAAAGGAAUACGCCCUGCGAUACUUGCCCCCCCUCGGAAGCAGUUCAGGGAAUGGAGCUCAAAUGGGAAGUGACUCUAUUGAUAUAACUUUCUAUGACAAAUACUACGCAUCCUGGACUCUCCGAUACUCGUAUUCGGGUCGAAUCCAGGCCUUUUGUUUCACAACAGGAUGGAGACAGUUUGUCACUAAGAAUAACUUGAAUUCUGGAGACACUGUCGUCUUCUAUGGAUGUUAUCAUGUGGAUUAUGCAGGACAAAGGGGGAUGUUCUAUAUGAUAGAUAUACUUCGAAAUUCUCCAGGAAACUACAUUGUUGGCAAUGGUGGAGCACAAGGAUUUGGUUCAGAUGCUGCUGAUGGUACUGAAGGAGUGAAUGGAAGUAAUGGGGUCAAACUUUUUGGAGUCAUAAUUUGUUAA